AUGCAACGAUUGCCUGAACAUAUACGAGAAGAAUUACAAGCUAUUGCUGUUAAAAAAUCUGGUAUUUUAAGAGAUAGUGUUCAGCGGUUUUGGAUACAGGCUGAAUGUGAUGUUCAAUAUGAACAAACAUAUUAUAGAAAUUUCUUUGGUAGAACAAAUGAAAAUAUUGCACAAUUUUAUUUAGGUGAUAAUUUGAAGAUGUGUGUUAAAACACAUCGAAUGAAAUACGAUGAAAAAGGUAAUUUGAUCGAUGAUCAAAGGGAUAGUGAAAGUGAUCAAUCAGCUGAAGCUGAAUUUGCCCGUGUCUUUACUAAAUAUUAUGAUGAAAUUGGUGAGUAUUUUCCCGAAUUUUUGCGUCUCAAAGAAUUAUUAAAAUUAGGCGUAUUAUCGCGUAUUAUACAAGGACGAUAUGAAAGCCAACGUGAACUGGCCCCUCGAAUUGAAAAUGAUAGGGAUUUAGACGACUAUUUAACAAAUAUCAAACAGAAAAUUUCUCAUUAUCCUACUGGUUCGAAUGAAACUGAUGAAAAGAUUUUGAAUGCUAUAUCCAAAAGCUUAUGCAAACAAUUUUAUUGUAAAAAAGAAAAAGCAAAAUUGAAGCCGACAAUUGAAAAAUUGCAUUUUUACUAUGACGAUGAUAGUGAGAAAGAUAGUGAAAUGAGUAAUAAUUCAACACAAUGUUCCUGGGUAUCAGCAGCCUUUUCAUCUGAACUCAAUAUGAAAGUUUACGGUGGUGUGCAACUAAGUGGAAAACUUAAAGAAACACAGGGAUUAAAAGAAAAGCACGAAAAAGAUAAAUCCAUAACAAAAGAAGUUGCCAUAGAUUUGAUUCGAGUAAUUGAUAAAAUUAUAAUCAAAAAGCAAGCUGAUGAAAAGAGAGGUGAAGAGAUAGCUCAAGGCAAUGACGUUGUGCUAGGCUAUAUUAAAGACAAUUUAAAAAGAUCGACAACUAGCGGCGAUGAUGGGGGCAAAGUUCAGAAGAUUAUAUAUGGUUUAAUAGCGGAAUAUCUGCCUACGGAUACAAAGAAAGAAAAUACACCUAAUUAUUUUAAAAGAGGUUGUGGAGGCAAUGUAGCACGAAAAGAGUUUGAAAAUUUGUCUGGCACACCAAUCGCAAAACCUAUGAAAGGCAAAACACAAGAUGUUAAAUUAAUAGUGAAAGAUUUAAAUAAUGGCCAACGAGCAACACUACGUCCGAGUGCCACUACGUCCGAGUGCACAAGGCAAUUUAACAUUAGACAUAUUACAGAAAAAUGUAAACAAUGA